AUUACAUAUUAACCGGCAAAAUUCAAACUCAAUUAUUAUCAAUUUAUAAACAUGAAAAAGAAUGAUGAUAUUUAUUUUGUUUUCUCCGACCCAUCACUAGCCUAAAUAUCUUAUCUCCUUUUUGAAGUUCUGUUCUUCAAGAAAGAUAGAGAGAAAUGUCCAUAUUAGCACCUAAUUCUCACAUUCUUUACAGAGAAACCUAUUAUAGAGACCAGCAACAGCAGUUGUUCAGUAAUGGGAAUUGUUCUGUUUUGUUCAAUUCUUAUGGGUUUGGAUUUGAUCGUAGAAACGGUGAGUCGAGGAAGAUAGUGAAGAGAGAUUUGAGAGUAGAUGCCUUCUGGCCAGACUUGUCCAGGCCCACUACCGUAGAGAUGGAACCCAUUAAGGACUGUGAGCAGUUGGAUCAGAUUUUGGCUCGAGCCAGAGAGCUCUCACAACCCAUAAUCAUUGAUUGGAUGGCUGCUUGGUGCCGAAAAUGCAUCUUUUUGAAACCUAAAUUGGAGAAACUAGCUGCUGAAUACGAUACCAAAAUCAAAUUUUAUUGUGUGGAUGUCAACAAUGUGCCUCAAGCUCUAGUGAAGCGUGGGAACAUCUCUAAAAUGCCAACAAUCCAGCUCUGGAAAGAUGGAGAGAUGAAAGCAGAAGUGAUUGGAGGACAUAAAGCAUGGCUUGUGAUGGAUGAAGUGAGAGAGAUGAUCCAAAAGUUUGUUUGACAUAUAGUUCUCUCUCUCUCUAGAAAUGUUGUUUCUAUAUAUAUAUAUAUAUAUCAUUUACUUCCCCUCUCAUUCGCACAUCUGGUGUACAUCCAAUAUAAGAGUCAUGUUUGUACAGUAGGACUACCCCCCCCCCCCCCCCGCCCC